AUGGCUGCUGGGUACAUUACGAAGAAGCUGCAGUCAGAAAUAACUUGCUUUGUCUGUUUGGAGUAUCUCAUAGAGCCUGUGACCCUUGACUGUGGGCACAACUUCUGCCAUGCCUGCAUUGUGAAGUGCUGGGGGCAUAUUUCUGGCCAGACCACUUGCCCUCGGUGCAGAACAGCAGUUCCUCGGUUGAAUUUUAAGCCAAACGGACAACUGGCCAAUGUGGUCCGGUUAAUCAGGCAGCUGAGUGAUCAGACAAAGCAGAUGGCAAGAACAAGCAAAACCUGUAAGAGACAUGAAAUGGCAACAUUAGCUUUCUGCAGAGAUGAUCUCAUCCCCAUUUGCUUACCGUGUGAUAGAUCCCAGGAGCACCAGGCUCAUGAUGUUGUCUCUGUGGCAGAAGCUGCUGAAGAGUACAAGCAACUAGUUGAAGCAGAGAAAAAGAAAGUGAUGGAUGGGUUUGAGCCUCUGCGUCAGCUUGAGGUAGAACAAUGCAGCUUUUGGCUUACUAAGGUUGAAGAGAUGAAGACGGAGAUCAUGUUGAAAAUGGAUGAGCGGAAGGCCGUAAUCUCCAAGGAACUCUUUGCUCUUGAGGAUAUCAUCCAGGAUUUGGUUGAGAAACAUGACCAGCCGACGCUGGAAUUCCUGCAGGAUGUCCAAAGCAUCUUGGAACAGUGUAAGAAGAAGAAGAAAUUUGAGAGUCCAGUGGCCUUUCCACCAGAGAUUGAACAUGAAAUCUGGGGACUGCAGAACUUCAGUGCCUUUCUACCGGGUGCUGUGAAGCAAUUUGAGGAAAAUACCACUAUGGAACUAAACGCAACUCAACUGAAACGUGUGAGACUUGGAGAGACCUUUCAAGGUCCAUGA